AAGAAUUGAAUGUGUAUCUGAUGAAUAAUAAAAAAAGUAAAAUUGAAACAUUUAACUCCGUGUCUGAUUUAGUAAAACACAAAAAAAUAAAACCCAGGAAAAGUAAAAUUGAAACUUCUGCCUCCGUGUCUGAUUUAAUAAAAUCCAAAAAAACUAAAAUUGAAAUCUCUACCUCUGUAUCCGAUUUAAUAAAAUCUAAAACGGCCAAUUCAAUAAAAUCAAAAAAACCAAAAAUGGCCGAUUUAAUAAAACCCAGAAAAAGGUAUUUGUAUCCAUGUUAUUGUAUUCGUUGUGGCGGCGCAGAGGUUGAUUUUCGCACUCAAGAAAAUCAUACAAAUGAUGAAAAUACUAUUACAGCGAGAAAACAAAAAAGAUUAAUCAUUAUUCAAGAUGUAAACCUUACAAAAAAGCGAAAAAGGGCAUCAAGUUCUAAUCUUGAUUCUUCCCAACAUAAUAGUGGCUUUAAUCCUUUCAAUGAAGAUACUGAUUCAUUCCAACCAAAUAAUAAUGAAAACAUACAUACAUUAUUUUCAUCAUCACCAUUAUUGCCAAAUCCUUUUUAUUUUCAUGUUCCAACACCUGAUGAAAAUAAGGAUAACGAUGAUAUAUAUAUUACAAUGAAGAAAAAGAAAAUGAUGAUGAUGAGGAUGACGGUGAUGAGGAUGAUGGUGAUAAGAAUGACGGUGAUAAGGAUGAUGGCGAUGAGAAUAAUGGUGCUGAAAAUAAUGGUGGUGAAGAUGAAUGCAAUUAUAAUAAAGAAGAAGAUAAUGAUGAUGAUGGAGAUGAUGAGGAGGAGGAGGAGGAUAUAGUCGUUUAGAUAAAUCACAAUUUAAAAAUUUUCCAGCAUCCUU